CAAAAGCCAAAAACACCUCAGGCGUUUUGGUAUUUUUUUUUUCUUUUUCUUUUUGAACAUCUGACAUCUGAGCUUCUUUCAAGAGGAGUCUCAAGAUGGGUGUCCGGAAUUCCUGCAUUCGUGCUACCAAUCCGGACAAUCAUGAGGUUUUGUCUCCAAAACUUUGUGAUUUGCGGCCAAGGUUACAUCUAUUGGCCAAUAAAGAUCAGGUAAUGGGAGAAAUAAAGAAGGAGAUGCGCAUUGCAGCGGGCGCUGAAAAGCUCUACAGAGUGACCUCAGACAAGGAGACCUUAGCCCGUCUGAGGAAGUUUAUGAAGGAGUCAGGGAAAAAGCUGAAAAUUCUUUAUGCCACCCUUCAAAACCUGAAUGUGGCAAUUGCACAGAAGGACCCUGAGAUUCACCCAGGUUCUCCCCAUGACCCACCAACAAAUGCCCCAGAGGAUUCCUGUGUUAGGGAUGAGUCUCCAGCAGUUGCCUUGACUCCGGAAGAACCAGCCACCACGGCACAAGAUCCAGCACUGCCACUGGCUGUCACUGAGGGCAGGUAA